CGCAGCCAGGGACCACGUCCCACCUCCCACCAUGGAGCUGAACCAGACCGCCCCACCUCCCACAUCACCCCUGCCAGAGACCGAUGGAGACGAGACGUGCAGGAUGGAGGUCACCGGCAUGGCCAUAGAUGGUGUGACGCUGCUCAUCUGCCUCUGCGGGCUGCUGGGGAACGGGGCCGUCCUCUGGCUCCUCGGCGUCUGCAUCCGCAGGAACCCCAUCACCGUCUACAUCCUCAACCUGGCCGUCACCGACUUCAUCUUCCUCCUCCUCAUGGGAACCUCCUCCCUCCUCUGCAUGAUAGAGAAUGCCUCUUGCUCCACUGUUCUGUCUCUGCAGUUCCUGAAGUCGCUUUUCCUGCUCUCACUCUUCUCCUACAACAUGGGCCUGUACCUCCUGACGACCAUCAGCAUCGAGAGGUGCGUGUCCAUCCUCUGUCCACUCUGGUACCGCUGCCACCGCUCCCGGCACUUGUCGGCUGUGGUGUGUGUCCUGCUCUGGGCCCUCUCCAUCGCUGUCAUUGCCACAGUGACUUCACUGUGCCUGUUGCACGAGCAUGAGCACUGCCAGAUUGCUCUCAUCGUCAUGUACGUCCUCAACUUCCUUAUUUUUGCCCCACCCAUGGUCAUUUCCAAUGUGAUCCUGUUCAUUAAGGUCCUGUGUGGCUCCCAGAAGCGCCAACCCAAGAGGCUCUACAUCGUUAUCCUCCUCACCGUCCUCUUCUUUCUCAUCUUUGUGGUUCCCCUCAGCAUCUGGAAUUUCCUGCAGCAGUUUGGCUACUCCAUCAUGUCCUACCAGGUUGCUUUCCUGCUUGCCUGCAUCAACAGCAGCAUCAACCCCUUCAUCUACUUCUUGGUGGGGAGCUGCAGGAGGCACUGCUCCUUGGUGUCCCUCCAGGUCGCCUUUCGGAGGGUCUUCGAAGAGACGGGGGUCACCACAAUCUCCAGCUGAGGCCACUGUGGUCACACUGGCCAUGCUGCUCACCCCAGCUUCAUGCUCAGCUGCCCACCCUUGCUCCCAGUUGGGCCUGCAGGU